CCCCUCCCGCCCGCCGCCGUACCGGAACGCGCCGGGGAAGGAGCGGGGAGCAGCCGCGGGAGGAAAGAGGAACGGACGCGGCGGCAACGGGCCCCGCGGCUGAAGAUGGCGGCGGGCGAUGGCGCGGCCGAGGGCGCCGCGGGGCCGGGGCCGGGCCCGGGGCCGGGGCCGGUGUCCUUCGCCUUCAGCCGCAGGGCCGAGCGGCGGCGGCCCCUGCCCGCGGGACCGUGCGCGGAGCCCGGCGCCGGCGGUGACGCCGAGAGCGACACCGACUUCCUGACGGCCGUGGAGGACCGGGAGCUGCUCAGCACGCGGCCGGCCCCGCCCCCCAAGAAGGAGCUGGUGAUCCCCCUGAUCCCGUCCCACCGCUGGAGGAACCCGGAGCCCCCCCGUGCCGGCACAGGCCCCGCCCCCGGCACAGGCCCCGCCCCCAGCACAGACCCCGCCUCCAGCGCGGACCCCGCCCCCCAAACAGACCCCGCCCCCAGCACAGGCCCCGCCCCCAGCGCGGCCAUCCCCUCGGUGGAGGCUCAGGCGGUGCAGGAGCUGCUCCAGGAGGCCCGGCAGAGCCAGGAGCGGCCCAAUGGAGACCCCGGACCCCCCAUGGCCAUCCCCCUGCAGCCCCCGGAGCGGGACCGGGACCGGGACCGGGACAGGGACAGGGACAGGGACAGGGACACGGUCGGCACCGGGGCACAGCCGACCCCCCAGGACUACGAGGCCGUGCCCGUGGGGCAGUUCGGGCUGGCCAUGCUGCGGGGCAUGGGCUGGACACAGGGCCAGGGCAUCGGCCGCACCUUCCCCAGGGUUGUGCCCCCCCUGGAGCAGCGGCCCCGCCCGCGGGGGUUGGGGCUGGGGGCCGAGGCCGCCCCCCCCGGGACCCCCAAAGCCGGGGAGCCCCCCCAGGGCCCGGCCGUGGGAGACAGCGUGGCCAUCGAGGCGGGGCCCCACCGCGGCCUGCGCGGCAAGGUGGAGGCGCUGGAUCCCGAGACCGGGCGGGCGCUGGUGCGGCUGCAGCUGGGGGGGCAGGUGGUGGCAGUGAGCCAGCACGGGCUGGGGCCGGCGGGGACCGGUGCCUCGGGCCGCCCCCCCCGGCAGGAGGAGGGGGGACAGGGACCCCCGCGGGGAAAGAGGAAGAGCCCCCGAGAGUGA